AUGGCCUCACCAACUGCCGUCCCGGCAACACCUCGCGUGAUCUCUCCGACGCCCUCUGCUUCCGACCCGUCGGAGGCGCACGACGAAUACUUCGCACCAGUGACACGAUCGGCAGCGCGCCGGCAACGCCAGCCUGAACCUUCAGGGUCAAGUUCCGGCUCCUCGCGUGCACCGAGGUCCUCUACAACACCAUCCGCACGCACCCGCCGUUCGAACCCUAAGAUACCCGCCUCACCACCGCAUUCACCAAAUGGGACCGCUUCGAAGGAUUAUCUAUCACCAUUGAAUAUCCCGGAGGCCCUGCGCGAUUUGUCAAGGUCACCUUCACCCCUCGGACUGAUCCCUCUCCACUCGCGCUACCGUAGCUUCAUUCACCGCCAUGAAAUCCCGCGCAAGCUGCUGCAUGUGUCAAUAGGGUUCCUCACCCUGUCCCUGUAUACCCAAGGCGUCCAAACAUUACAGAUUACACCUGUGCUUUUCACCGCGUUAGUACCCAUUGCGGCAACAGACCUGAUGCGUCAUCGCUCUGAGAAGCUCAAUAAGAUUUACAUCCGCUGCAUGGGUGCUCUCAUGCGUGAAACCGAGGUUAGCGGCUACAAUGGUGUGAUCUGGUACCUCCUUGGGGCGUAUGUGGCCCUUCGAUUUUUCCCCAAGGAUGUUGGUGUCAUGAGCGUACUCCUACUUAGCUGGUGUGACACGGCUGCCUCUACAUUCGGCCGUCUGUUCGGUCGUUAUACCCCUCGCCUCCGGCCAGGCAAGAGUUUAGCUGGCACUUUGGCGGCUUGGUUCGUCGGUGUGGUCACCGCCGCUGCAUUCUGGGGCUGGUUCGUGCCUUACAUCGGUGCCUUCCCUAAUGACCCGGAAGAUGCCUUUAUGUUCACAGGCCGCCUGAACCUGCUGCCGAAUUGCAUACGCGGUCUCUUGGGCUGGGAAGCCAGCGACUCGGCGGUCAUCACUGGACCCCUAGCUCUUGGUGUCAUGAGCGUCGUUUCUGGCGUUGUUGCUGCCGGUAGCGAAUUCAUCGAUCUGUUCAGCUGGGAUGACAACCUCACCAUCCCUGUUCUGAGUGGCGUCGGACUUUGGGGCUUCCUGAAGGUCUUUGCUUAG